AUGCGGUAUCCUGCAGAUGGGGAGGCAUGGAAAGAGUUCGAUCGAACGUUCCCUGAGUUGGCUGCUGAUCCCCAAAAUGUUAGAUUGGGGCUUGCCACUGAUGGAUUCAAUCCGUAUGGGGAUCCAAGCAGGUCAAUCGAUGUUAACUUAAGGCCGUUGGUUGAUAAGCUGAAGAAUUUAGGGACAAACGGUGUGCAUACGUACGAUAAUUCAACUGAGAAGAUGUUCACUUUGCGAGCAGCAGUUGUGUGGACUGUGAAUGAUUUUCCCGCAUAUGCAAUGGUUUCUGAAUGGAGCACAAAGGGUUAUAUGGCAUUUCCUGUAUGCAAGGAAGAUGUAACUUCUGGUUGGCACGCUGGAAAGUUUUGUUACCUUGGUCAUCGGAGAUGGUUGGCAUGGGACCACGAGUGGAGGGAAAAAGAUAAAGAGUUCGAUGAGAACACAGAGCGUCGCCUCAUACCUAGAGAAUGGUCCGGUGAUGAGAUAUUGGAACAGCUUAACCGUUUGGAUUUUGAUCCGUUCGGGAAAACAGUUAGUCGGACCAAACCUUCUACACAUAUGAACUGCACGCACAAGCCUAUUUUUUUUGAGCUUCCAUCUUGGUCAAAACUAAAAUUGAGGCACAAUCUAGACGUGAUGCAUGUUGAGAAAAAUGCAUUUGACACAUUGAUGGGCACGAUUCUAGAUAUCGAGGGCAAGACAAAGGACACGAUCAAAGCUCGUCUUGAUUUGGAAAGAAUGGGCAUACGAAGGGGUUUAUUGAUGAAUAGGGACAAUGAUAAAGCUAGAAGGGAUCUUGCAUUUUUUUCUAUGAAACCGAAUGACAAAAAAGAGUUUCUAAAGUUAGUUUCGUCUGUAAAGUUUUCCGAUGGGUAUGCUUCUAAUAUCGCACGUUGCGUGAAUGGGUAUUCGACACCUCUUACCGGAAGAUGUAGUGAAGCCAAUUAUGUUGUUGUCCAGAUUUUUUUCCCAACUGACUGCAAAAACGUUGUGAAAGAUAGACAUUAA